AUGCGAAAACGCAAGAACAAACUCAAUCAAGCCGAUCGCUUGAGGCGAGUUACUGCGCACAUCAAACCACAUAAGGGCUUGAAAAUUGUAGAUGAAUUUUUCCUUCUCAUAACCAUCAACAACGAUUGGCAAGUGCAGACUCAACGCAGAAGUAACAAGGCCCUCUUAGCACGACUCCCUGAAUAUCUACAACAUGCCAGGAGAGUCCGCAUCGAGAUGUUAUGCCGAGACCCGGAAGACAGACGAGCGCACGAAGAUACCGUUCGGAAGACCGAACUAUUGACCAACAUAAGGAACUUGUUGAAUGAAUACGCCGAUAUCGACAGCGUAGAGGUAACCUUUUACAUGAAGAGAGAGGAAGACUUCGACCCAUGCAUUCCCCAGCUUCAGGCUGUCAUUCUUCUUUACACUCUGAGUUUCAAGGAAUGGACUCUCUACUGCGAUUGA